GGAAGAAUGCCCUUCCGUAUCAGGUGACCCAUCGACCGAGGCCCUUUGCUCCUCUCCGAGCUCGCGACGAGGGGAGUGCUCCUGGCGGCUGCUCGUAUCCCGUGUCACAAAAGCACCUUUCUGCGCAAAGAAUGAGGCCACAGCACAGUGGUUCAGCUCGGGUCCGAUCCGGCCUCUACCCUCGUUGGAUUUCAGACCUCCCCCUUUUUCUUCAAGCAGACAGCUUCAUUGGUGGGCUUGUUCUCUUCUUGCUGAGAUCAGAUGGACCCGGAGCAGCAAGACACCGUCCAGAGAAUAAAUGACCAUACCACUAUAAGCAUAACUUGAUCCAACUCAACCAUGAAGCUCAUCUCCAGUCAGUGGACUCUUCUCACCAUCGUCAUGGUGACACUCACUGCGAUGUUCUACUGCGAAGCCAAGAUCACACCCAAGCCCAAACAGCAGUAUACCAAGAAGCCCCUCUCUCAGUUGCUCCCUGCCGAGCCCCAACCACUGCCCACCUACCCCAGUCAGGAUUUUCCUCAGGACCACACGAUGAACAUGGAGCACCCCAGUGUAGGCCCUGAUAACUACACCCUGGAUUACAAUGAGUGUUACUUCAACUUCUGUGAGUGCUGCCCUCCUGAGAGAGGACCCCAAGGGCCAAAGGGAGACAAUGGCCUGACAGGGCCACCGGGGGAAAGAGGCUUUACCGGAUCAUCAGGCUCACCUGGGCCACCGGGAACGAGUGGUCUCAAGGGGUUUAAAGGAGAGAAAGGGGACAAAGGUGAAAGGGGAAACAUUGGCCCAAGUGGAUACCCAGGAGUUUCGGGAAAACCAGGGCAGAAAGGUGACGUUGGCCUAAAAGGAGUGAAAGGUGAGAUAGGCAUGCAAGGCAUUAAAGGCUAUGACGGGCAAAAAGGUGAACCUGGACAGAAUGGGAUUGCUGGUGAGAAAGGAGAACCGGGCAAAGAAGGGCCACCUGGAGCCCCUGGAUUGAUUCUUGGUCCAAAAGGAGAUAAGGGUGAUAAAGGGGAGUGUGGCACAUUUGGAGAGAGGGGGCCAAAAGGUGAUCGUGGAGACACCGGCUCGCCGGGAAUUCCGGGUGCGAUGGGAAUUCCGGGGAUCAACGGCAAGCACGGUGCUCCGGGUCCCGUCGGCGUAGGCGGGGAUCCUGGACCUCCUGGAGCACAAGGAGAACCUGGGGUGAGAGGGGCACAGGGUCCGCAAGGUGUUCGAGGGGUGCAGGGGCCAAAAGGGGAUAGAGGUUACCACGGAAUGCGAGGGGAGCGGGGGAUGCGGGGCUUCAAAGGGGCAAAGGGUUCAGGCGUUCCUCAGAAACGCUCGGCCUUUAGCGUCGGCAUCUCCCCGAGAAGAUCCUUCCCGCCAUCCGGCUUCCCCAUCCGCUUUGACAAAAUCUUCUACAACGAAGAGAACCACUUCAACGUCACCAGUAAUAGCUUCGUGUGCGUCCACGCCGGCGUGUACGUCUUCUCCUUCCACAUCACCGUACGCAAUCAACCCCUGCGCGCCACGCUGGUGGUGAACGGCUCGCGGCGGGUCAGGACGAGAGACUCGCUGUACGGACAGGACAUCGACCAGGCGUCUACGCUGGUUGUGCUACGUUUGGCGGUGGGGGAUCAGGUGUGGAUGGAGACCCUCAGAGACUGGAACGGGGUGUACGCCAGCAGUGAGGACGACAGCAUCUUCUCUGGAUUCCUACUUUACUCGACAUAAUGAUGAACUAGCGGCAAAUUGUAUAUUCAUGAGCGCUCUUCAAAUGUGCCGUAGUGUUACAAUUCAUGGAGAAUUGCCAUUCUUAUCUAUG